AUGUUCCUGAUCAAUCGAGGUGGUGGAGGCGGCGGCGGGGGAAUGUUCGGAGGAAUUUUCAACAUGCUCAGUGAUGCAGCUGCAAACUACAACCCAACUCCUCCGCCCCCUCGGAGCCAUAUUUCCAACAUUCAGUCAAACGAGAGCGAGGAGGAGCGAAACUUCCGUCGGCUUUUCAGCCAGCUGGCCGGAGAUGACAUGGAGGUCAGCCCGACCGAGCUGAUGGGAAUUCUCAACAAAGUCAUUUCACGACAUUCGGACCUGAAGACGGACGGGUUCAGCAUCGAUUCAUGCCGCAGCAUGGUGGCAGUCAUGGACAGUGACAGCACCGGGAAAUUGGGCUUCGAGGAAUUCAAAUACUUGUGGAACAACAUAAAGAAGUGGCAGGCUGUCUACAAGAGAUAUGACACUGACCGAUCAGGAACUAUUGGCAGCAGCGAGCUGCCCGGGGCAUUCAAAGCUGCAGGAUUCCAGCUGAACGGUGAAUUGUAUCAGAUGAUCAUUCGCCGUUAUUCCGAUGAGAAGGGAGAGAUGGACUUUGACAACUUCAUCUGCUGUCUGGUGCGGCUCGACGCCAUGUUCCGUGCUUUUAAAUCGUUGGAUAAAGAUGGAGAUGGGAAGAUUAGGGUGACGAUUCAGGAGUGGCUUCAGCUGACCAUGUAUUCAUGAAGCAGGAGGAGGCGCCGUGGAGCUGUGUAGACCUCCCCCCGCUGCCCCAGCUGUAUACAUGCCUGAUUUUUUUACACUCCUUAUCUUUGUAAACUGCAAUAAACAAUAUAUUUUACACUGUAAUAUUGGGAUAUGUGAGCCGCGUCCCCAGUGCUGGUUGGCGCAUGUCUCUGUGUGAUGCUUCUGAUCUCUGAUAUGCCCUGUAUUGCCAGGUGAAUGACAAUCAAUCCAGCCCGUUCAUCUGCCCAGUGACUACAGUCCACAGGCAGUCGUAAGUCAACCAACCGGUCCUGUGAUUAGCGCAUCGGCCCUGCAUGGGAAAUAGGGCUCGGGACUGAAUGGGGCCACAAUGAAGUACUCAUAGUCUUUGGGGCCAUGAUAUAAAAUAUUUCAGGGGGGCUGGGAGAAGUUGGGAAUGUUUCUGUAUUUUCUUGAAAACCUCAAUAAAACUGGUUUGAUCACAAAAAUAAAAA